AUGAGUUUUUACAAUGAUGAUGCUAGCAGGUACAAGAGAAGACGUGUGGUAAAAAAUAGAGUUGGAUCAAGUAGGAGAAGGACAACUGACAUUGAGCAGACACCCAAUGAAGCUAAUGAAGAUGGUUAUCAAAAUGGAAAUAAUAACGAACUUCUGUCCAAUGAGAAGACCAAUAUGACUGUAUCUACACCUGAUGUCCUGAAGGAGAAGCCUGUUUGGAUGAGUGAUGCGGAGUGGGCUAUCCAGCAAGCGUCUGUAAAACGUGCCAUUGAACCGUUGGUUCAAGGUGAUAACGACGACAAAGAGGUGGAUAAAAUGGCAUACGAGGACAUAAAUGUCAAGAUGAAAUAUCUAAAGGAUAUCAAAGAUUCCGGUAAGGAUGAGAUUGUCAAGGAGUAUUAUAAUACACAAACAUUCCACUCUAGACAAUCUAAACGUACUGAAUCGCCAAUUUACAGGUUGAGAUCUUUUAACAACUGUAUCAAGUACAUUCUAAUUAACAAGUAUGGUAUACCUGAAGGUAGUACAUUGGACCUGGGUUGUGGUAAAGGUGGAGAUCUGGCGAAAUGGGGGAUGAACAACACCAGACAAUACGUUGGUAUUGAUUUAAGUGAUGAAAGUAUCAGAGAAGCAAUCAAAAGGUAUAAGAAUGGUAGAUACAGUUUCCAAGCUGUAUUUGCUACUGGAGAUGCCUUCAAGGUUGAAUUACCGGAAAUCUUGAAAGAUUUCUCAAUGGAGCAAGUAUCGUUUUUACAGUUUGAUAAUAUCAGUAUGCAAUUUUGCAUGCAUUAUGCCUUCAGCAGUGAGGCGAGCGUUGAGAGUAUGUUGAACAAUGUAAGCAAAAGUCUCAGGGUUGGAGGGAUGUUUGUUGGUACGAUUCCAAGUAGCGACUUUAUUAAAUGGAAGAUCAACAAAAUGAAAGAAGGGGAAAAAGGGUGGGGAAAUUCGCUUUAUUCGGUAACGUUCCCAGAUUUAGAAGGGUGUUGGGAUAGGGAAAAGAAGAACUUCAAAAAGCCUUUUGGGAAUGUGUACAACUAUUUUCUCAAGGACGCCGUUGAGGAUGUCCCCGAAUAUGUUGUUCCCUUUGAGAAGUUCCGUAGCAUGUGUGAAGAUCACGGUUUGGAACUUCGGUACAAAAAGAACUUCUUUGACAUGUUCAACAAGGAGAUUGCAACAUUUUUCCCAAUGCUCCCUGGUCCACUAGUGCAGUCUCUCCGCCAAGAGGAUGGAACAUACGGUGUGUCUGGAGAGGAGAGAGAGGCAUGUUCCUUUUACCUCUCAUUUGCCUUUGAGCGUGUUUGA